AAAUUUGGGCAAAUGGAUGGAGGCAACCAGAGCAAGGACUCAGAGUUCCUACUCCUGGGGAUCUCAGAGAGACCUGAGCAGCAGCGAAUCCUGUUUUGGAUGUUCCUGUCCAUGUACCUGGUCACGGUGGUGGGAAAUGUGCUCAUUAUCCUGGCCAUAAGCUCUGACUCCCGCCUGCACACUCCCAUGCACUUCUUCCUGGCCAACCUCUCCUUCACUGACCUCUUCUUCGUCACCAACACAAUCCCUAAGAUGCUGGUGAACCUUCAGUCCCAGAACAAGGCCAUCUCCUACGCGGGGUGUCUGACGCAGCUCUACUUCCUGGUCUCCUUGGUGGCUCUGGACAACCUCAUCCUGGCUGUGAUGGCAUAUGACCGCUAUGUGGCCAUCUGCCACCCCCUCCACUACACCACAGCCAUGAGCCCUCAGCUCUGUAUCUUGCUCCUUACAUUGUGUUGGGUCCUGUCUGUCCUCUAUGGCCUCAUCCACACACUCCUCAUGACCAAAGUGACCUUCUGUGAGUCACGGAAAAUCCACUACAUAUUCUGUGAGAUGUAUGUCCUGCUACGACUUGCAUGUUCCGACACACAGAUUAAUCACACGAUGCUGAUUGCCACGGGCUCCAUUAUCUUUCUUGCUCCCUUUGGAUUCAUGAUCAUGUCCUACAUCUGGAUCGUCAGAGCCAUCCUUCGAAUACCCUCAGCCUCUAACAAGUAUAAAGCCUUCUCCACAUGUGCCUCCCAUUUGGCAGUGGUCUCCCUCUUCUAUGGAACGCUUUGCAUGGUAUACCUGAAGCCCCUCCACACCUACUCCAUGAAGGACUCAGUAGCCACAGUGAUGUAUGCUGUGGUGACCCCCAUGAUGAACCCUUUCAUCUACAGCCUGAGGAACAAGGACAUGCAUGGGGCUCUGGGAAGACUCCUAAGGAAACCCUUUCAGACACUGACAUGA